UUUUUGAAGAAUGGAGAAUUCUACUACUCAGGAGUGUGGAGUGAUUUGUCAUGGAUUCCGAAGAAUUGUGUUAAGACACUUAUCGAUAUACCUAGAAUGUUAAAGAACAACAAUCUCAGCAGUAUACUUAUCCUAGGAGAUUCAACCAUCUGGCACUACAAAGCACAAGUGCCGAACAACUUUACAAUAUGUUCCAUGCGAACAAUCCCCAACAUCACAGGAGUUCAUAUUCAAUGAAUAUCUCCUGCAACUUAAGGCGCAUGAGGUUUACCCUCAAUUGAUAUUGCUUGUUGCAAAUCAUCACGAAACACGCAUGAGAGAUGUUGCAAAUUUUAGACGUACAUUUACCUGGUUUUUGGAUGUUGUUAAUAACAGCAUAAAAAGUCAUCCUGAGACUCGAGUUAUAUGGCUAGAACCAACAUUUGUCGAUGAAUCCAAACGGGAAAAUCCUGACGUUAAACAUCGACAGUUUAAAAAUGUUGCGUUGUAUAACGUGGCUAAGAAACUAUUGCUGCCAUACUUUUCAGAACAAUAUCCAAGAUUUUGGCCAUUUUACGGUGUGAUGAAAAUAAGUGAGGGAAGACCUGAUUGGAACCGGGAUGGAAUUCACUUUGAUAUGAAAUACUACGACGCUAUGCAGGGGCGGAUCUGGGAACCAACAAGGGGGGGG